CCAUCCAUCUGUUAAUGUAACCUAUCCUGGUCUGUGUUGAUACAGACUAAUGGAGUCAGGGGGUUCUUGUAGGAGAUGUUGAAGUAACUUUGAUUGACCAGGCCUGGUUAGUUCAGUGUGACCUGCGCUGAAUGCAGCAUGUCCACGGAGGGAAUCAUUGAAGACUCUUCCCCAGAUGAGGCCAAAUUGAGGCGUUUCAUCCUCUGACAUGCUGCAGACAUGUGAUGGACACGCGGGCAGGUAUGGCAGCUCUGGCCAGGCGUGCGCACGCCUCGCGCUGCCCACGCUCCUCACCUAAAAACAACGCCGCCUCCACCGUGCACGUGCGUCCUGUGGGAGGUUCCUCUUACCUCCCUUUGCGUGAAACCCUCCUUGAAUCGUGACGUGAUCAUAAACAGUCCUGCUUCGGGGGGCCGUGAUCACCUCUCCCGGGUCUCACCGAGCCUUUUCAUUGGACGUAAACACGCGACCGGUGAGAGGAGGGGGGCUCCCAGGCGCGUGCCGCUUUUUAAACCGACGCCGCGCCUCGAGACACCAGAGAAGGAGUCCCGCACGCGACCGAUCUACCUGCACAGUGCGCGUCCCUGAAAACUUUUCUUUCUAACGCUGCUGCUGUGCCUGUGGAGACAUGGAGGUCCUGAGUGUGGAUGAUUGGAGCAAAGACGCACCGGAGGAGUCCCGCUACGAGUCCGGACUGACGCUCGUGGACAGCGGCAGUGACCCACGCGCCUGGCUGGCCUCGGUGCAGCCGUCUGGCACCUGCGUGGCACACGCCACUUCACCCGACUACCUGCGGCACUCGCCCUGCCCGAGCACCGGCUCCUACCAAGAGAGCGGCUCCCCGGGGUCCUCAGGCCUCCCCAGCCCUCCCAGCUACAGAAAAUCAGCCAAGAGCCCCUCCUCUUCCUCGCUCAAAGUCCGGGACCUGUGCCGCCUCAAAGGCACCGUCUCCGGGCCCGAUGAGGAGGCGUCCGCCAGGCAGAGAGCUCCGUCCAGCAAACCGGCCAACGGGGUCCAGAAGCAGAGGCGCGUGGCCGCCAACGCGCGCGAGAGGAGGCGGAUGCACGGGCUCAACCACGCGUUUGACGAGCUGCGCAGCGUCAUCCCGGCGCUGGACAACGACAAGAAACUGUCCAAGUAUGAGACUCUGCAGAUGGCGCAGAUUUACAUCAACGCGCUGGCGGAGCUGCUCGAGGGUCCGGUGUCCUCCAGCAGCAGCAGCGGCAGCAGCGCGGACAUCUCCAGCUCCCACUCGCCAAACCGUGACAGUAUGCUUUCCUCCACCUCUGGCUUUAACGGAGCGACAGACCGGGCCUCCCCCUCCUCUGCAGCCUGCAGGACAGCCGCGGCUGUGCCCGUCUCAUCCAGCAGUUUACCCGGGACGACCUUCCGCUCCUCCUCCUUCGACAAAGAGUUUUCCGCCCUGAUCGAAGAAGCGAUGUGCUCGCCCUCCCCACCUUCCUGCAGCCGGCCCGGCAGCUCCCUGGUACCGGCCGGUGGAAGGAAAGAGUCUCCCCGGAGCGACGGAGAGUUUUCCCCGCACUCUCACUUCAGUGACUCCGAUGAAAUGGCGAUGGAGCUCCAGUCGAGUGAGGAAGACGACCUGUCAGAACUGAAGCUGCCCCGCCACCACCUCCACCGUCACCCUGUCUCUUUCUGAACAAUUAACAAUACAGAGAAGUACUUAUAAUAAAGCUCCACUCCAGCCGACAAAAACACAAAGUCAACCCGUGUCAACCCCCUGUUUACCUGCUGUUAACAAAAAGAUUUUUAAGAGAAUAGAAAUUUUAGCUUUUUCAAAAUAGCCAUGUUCAAUUUUUAACAAUAAUUAUAUUUUAUCAAGUUAUUGCAUAUAGUCUAAAGAUAAUUGUUUUUAUGUGAUAUAGCCCUAAUUCGGUUCUGCCAAUAGAUAUAUAGCCUAUAAUAUCCAGUUUCCAUGGAGACGUGGCUGGAAGACCCCUCUGCCAUGUCGCGCGCAGCACUGCCACGGGUAUUUCCCACGUCACUCCGACCAAAAAGCUGUCUUCCACAAAGUCUCCUGUAUGAAUAAUUGUUUAUAUUUGAUAAUGUUACAACCGUUUCUUUUUGUUAUAAAAUGAUUGUUGUUGUGAUUUAUGUUUGUAUAAUGUAUUUUCUUUUGCAACUUCAAAAGUUCAUGAGUGCACUUUAAACACAUUCGAGCCAGAGGCUUGAGAAAUAUGCGAUUUCUUUUGUUUUGUUUUCAAACCGCAAACGAUAUUGUUUGGAUUUGUUCGAUAGCGUAGUGCUGCCAAUUCACACAUUAGCCUAUUUAACGUAGCCAUCACUGCUGCCUUCUUUUGUAUUUUUCUUUUUGUAUCUUCAGAUGAACUCGUGUGUCUUUUGCUUUCACUGGAUGAGAUUAAUUGACAUGUAUUUAUUGCUGCGUUUCACUUGAUUUGCUUUUUAUAACUCCAUAGUGGAAUUUGCUGAAACGAGCUGUCAU